UGAAAUGGACAAUCCAUGUCAUCAACUUUAUACUUGAGUGAUCUAACUCGUCGAAUGGCAAGUGCCCCGAAAGAGGAGAAACCCGCCGUCUGUGUCACCGGAGCCAACGGUUUCAUCGGCUCAUGGCUCGUUAAAAUCCUUCUCCAACAAGGCUACUCAACAAUCCACGCCACCACCUUUCCCGGCUCCGAUGUUUCCCAUCUGUUCUCUCUCCCCGGCGCCGUCACCGACAGCCUUAGGAUCUUCCCCGCUGAUCUUCUAGACUCUGACGCCAUCUUCGCCGCCGUGCGUCGCUGCUCAGGCGUAUUCCACGUGGCAUCCCCUUGUUCCCUCGAAGACCCACGUGACCCUGAUGCUGAUCUACUCACCCCCGCUGUACAGGGCACAAUUAAUGUCCUGCGAGCAGCGUUGAACGCCAAGGUGAAGCGCGUGGUUAUCACGUCUUCAAUAUCAGCCAUGGUUCCUAAUCCUUCUUGGCCUACUGAGAAGCCCUUUGACGAAUCUUCUUGGACCGACCUCGAUUACUGCAAGUCUCGUCAGAAAUGGUAUCCGGUAUCGAAAACGUUGGCAGAGAAAGCAGCGUGGGAAUUCUCACAGGACCACGGUAUCGACGUGGUGGCGAUCCACCCGGCGACGUGCCUCGGCCCAUUGCUGCAGCCGAAUCUGAAUGCAAGCUGUGCCGUAUUGCUUCAGUUGCUGCAGGGUUCAAAAGACACUCAGGAGUAUCACUGGCUGGGAGCUGUUCAUGUUCGAGAUGUGGCCAAGGCACAAGUUUUGCUCUUUGAGACGCCUGAGGCCUCUGGUAGAUACCUAUGUACCAAUGGUAUCUUUCAAUUCCGUGAAUUCGCCGAGAGAGUCUCCAAACUAUUCCCUCAGUUUCAUGUUCACAGGUUUACUGAUGAAACCCAACCAGGCUUAAAGGAGAGCAAAGAUGCAGCGAAGAGGUUAAUAGAUUUGGGUCUAGUAUUUACCCCUGUAGAAGAUGCUGUACGGGACACAGUGGAGAGCCUACAAACUAAGGGCUUUUUAGUACAGUAAACACCACAAUCUCUUAGUUGGGUUUUGCUGUGUGUUUCCCUCAUUUGCCUUCAUUGGACUUAGUAGGCAGUAAUAAUUGAGUGCUAAUAAAGUUAUGGCUAUAAUUAUUGGAUUUCACCCUUUAUAUAUAUCUUUCUUUGUUCUUAAAGUUA